ACUCCUUCUCUCAUUCUCUCUCUCUCUCUCCCUGGAUUCUGGGGAGUUGAAUUUUGUGGCUGGGGUUUAAGCUGAGUUGAGAUCUUAAUUCUUUACAAUCAUGGCGGUUUCGAGUUGUUGUGCUACGAAAUUAACUAGUGCGAAAUGGGACAAGUUGCUUCUGUAUUCGUCGUCCUCCGCGGCUGCGCUUCGGCACCAGCUAAUGAUGACACCCUUUUGCUGCAGGCUCAAUCGCGGGAGGAAGAAUUUGGUUCAAAAGAGUGUUGUGAGAUGUGUUGUGGCUCAAUCUGACGCCGCUGUGGUGUCCGACAAGAUCGAGCCUUCUGAGACCGCUGCCAUCUCUGCUCUCGAACAACUCAAGACCUCCGCUGCUGAACGUUAUACAAAGGAAAGAAGUAGCAUUGUGAUCAUUGGGCAUAGUGUUCACACUGCACCGGUGGAGAUGAGGGAGAAGCUUGCCAUUCCAGAAGCAGAAUGGCCACGGGCCAUUCAGGAGUUAUGCAGUUUGAAUCAUAUUGAAGAGGCUGCCGUUCUUAGCACCUGCAAUAGAAUGGAGAUAUAUGUUGUAGCUCUGUCUCAGCAACGUGGGGUCAAAGAAGUGACUGAAUGGAUGUCGAAGAAUAGUGGAAUCCCAGUUUCAGAGAUCUAUCAACACCGAUUUUUGCUAUACAACAAGGAUGCUACAAAGCACCUCUUCGAAGUAUCAGCUGGCCUUGACUCCCUUGUUCUAGGGGAAGGUCAAAUUCUUGCACAAGUUAAACAAGUUGUCAAAGUUGGGCAAGGAGUUGAUGGCUUUGGAAGGAACAUUAGCGGGCUGUUCAAGCAUGCAAUUACUGUUGGGAAGCGGGUUAGAACAGAGACUAACAUUGGUGCUGGGGCUGUUUCUGUUAGCUCUGCUGCUGUCGAGCUGGCUUUCAUGAAGCUUCCGGAAUCUUCACAUGCUACUGCUCGAAUGUUGGUGGUUGGGGCGGGGAAGAUGGGCAAGCUUGUGAUCAAGCACUUGGUAGCAAAGGGGUGCACAAAGAUGGUGGUUGUAAACAGAAGUGUGGAGAAGGUUGCAACCAUCCGAGAGGAGAUGAAAGGGAAAGGCGUGGAGAUUAUAUACAAACCCCUCACAGACAUGUUAUCUUGUGCAGCUGAAGCUGAUGUGAUCUUUACCAGCACAGCAUCAGAAACCCCAUUGUUUUUGAAAGAGCAUGUCAAGGAUCUUCCCCCUGUCAAUGCAGAAAUUGGGGGUUUAAGGCUUUUUGUUGACAUCUCUGUUCCGCGAAAUGUUGGGUCAUGCGUUAAUAAUGUUGAAAGUGCACGAGUUUACAAUGUUGAUGACCUUAAGGAGGUUGUUGCUGCCAAUAAAGAGGACAGACUACGAAAAGCAAUGGAAGCUCAGACAAUUGUUACUGAGGAAAUCAAACAGUUUGAAGCUCGGAGGGCUUCACUUGAAACAGUCCCCACCAUAAAGAAAUUAAGGGCCUACGCAGAGAGAAUAAGAGCUGGGGAGCUGGAGAAAUGCUUAUCAAAGAUGGGAGAUGAUAUCCCAAAGAAAACAAGGAAAGCUGUGGAUGAUCUUAGUCGUGGAAUUGUGAAUAAACUUCUUCAUGGUCCAAUGCAGCAUCUGAGAUGUGAUGAUUCUGAUGGCCGAACACUAAAUGACAUCCUGGAGAACAUGCAUGCACUCAACAGAAUGUUCAGCCUUGAAUCAGAUCUCUCUCUUGUUGAACAGAAAAUUCGGGCAAAGGUUGAACAAAACCAUGAGUGAAUAGUGAGUAAACAAUACUUCAUUCUCUUCCUCAGAAUGGAAUAAGAGGGUAACUUCCUCAGCCAUGCAAUCACUUGAGUCACAUGUCAAUUUUUGUCCAGGGAUUUUUUUUUUUUUUUUUUUUUGGGUUUUAUCGUAGGCAUCUUUUUAACAC